AUGGCUUUGGAUUUAAGUUUCCAUUCAAAAAAUGUGUUUUUUAACUUUUAUAUGAUUCUAUUGUUUAGCUUUGGAGUAUUCCUUGUAAGUUCAAUCAAUGAAGAGGUUUCAAUUCUUUUGAAGUUCAAGAGUUCUCUUUUAGACUCAAAUGAUAAUCUUGUUAACUGGAAUUCUUCUGAUUUAACUCCAUGCAGUUGGACUGGUGUGUAUUGUACUGAUUCAAUAGUAACGUCUGUUACACUUCACAACCUUAAUCUCUCUGGUAAUUUGUCUCCAACAAUCUGUAACCUUCCAUGGUUAACUGAGUUGAAUGUGUCUAAAAACUUUAUCUCUGGUUCAAUUCCUGAAGCUUUUUUUGUUAACUGUGAUAAACUCGAGGUUUUAGACCUUUGUACAAAUAGGUUUCAUGGAGCAUUUUUAACCCUUGUUUGGAAAAUCAAAACACUUAGAAAGCUUUACCUUUGUGAAAAUUAUAUGUAUGGUGAAAUUCCUGAAGAUAUUGGUGAAUUAACAUCACUGGAAGAGCUAGUGAUUUAUAGCAACAACUUAACAGGAAGCAUUCCUGCGUCGAUAAGUAAGUUGAAGAAGCUUAGAGUUAUAAGAGCGGGUUUGAAUGGUCUCUCAGGAAAAUUACCUUCAGAGAUCAGUGAAUGUGAAAGCUUAGAGACAUUAGGGUUAGCACAGAAUCAGUUAACAGGUUCUAUUCCAAAGGAGCUUCAAAAGCUUCAGAAUCUUACGAGUUUGAUUCUAUGGCAAAACUCUUUUUCCGGUGAGCUUCCUCUUGAGAUUGGAAACAUUAGUAGCCUAGAAUUAAUUGCUUUGCAUCAAAAUUCAUUGAUUGGUGGUAUCCCGAAAGAUAUUGGAAGGCUAUUGCGGUUGAAGAGAUUGUACAUGUACACAAACCAGUUGAAUGGUACAAUUUCGGCUGAGUUAGGAAACUGUACUAAUGCUAUUGAGAUUGACCUAUCUGAAAAUCAUUUGAUUGGUAUCAUUCCAAAAGAGUUAGGUCAAAUAUCUAAUCUUAGCCUGCUUCACUUAUUUGAAAACAAUUUGCAAGGUCAUAUUCCAAAAGAGCUUGGAAAUUUGAGGCUGCUGAAAAAUUUAGAUUUGUCGUUGAACAACUUAACAGGUAUAAUUCCAUUGGAGUUUCAAAAUCUGGAACUCAUGGAAGAUUUGCAGCUAUUUGAUAAUCAACUUGAAGGUGUAAUUCCACCUCAUCUUGGAGCUGUUAGGAACCUUACUAUUCUUGAUAUAUCUUCAAAUAAUCUUGUCGGUAUGAUACCGAUUCAUCUUUGUGAAUAUCAGCAACUUCAAUUCCUUAGCCUUGGAUCUAAUAGGCUCUUUGGUAAUAUUCCUUAUAGCUUGAAAGUUUGCAAGUCGCUUGUGCAGUUAAUGCUAGGGGAUAAUCUUUUGACAGGAAGCUUGCCUGUUGAAUUGUAUGAACUUCAUAAUCUUACUGCACUCGAGCUUCAUCAGAACCGGUUCUCUGGACCAAUUAGCCCGGGAAUUGGUCAGCUUAAAAAUUUAGAGAGGCUGCACUUGUCAGAUAACUAUUUUUCUGGUUAUCUACCAUCCGAGAUUGGAAAGCUGGCUCAACUUGUCACAUUCAAUGUUUCGUCGAAUCGUUUCAGUGGAAGUAUUCCAGACGAGUUAGGAAACUGUGCGAGGCUGCAGAGGCUUGAUCUCAGCAGGAACAAGUUUACUGGUAUGCUUCCAAAUUCAAUUGGAAAUCUUGUGAAUUUGGAGCUGCUAAAAAUUUCUGAUAAUAUGCUCUUAGGAGAAAUACCAGGCACUUUAGGAGACCUUAUUCGGCUAACCGAUUUGGAGCUCGGCGGAAAUUGGUUUUCAGGAAGGAUCCCUUUUCAUUUUGGAAGACUUUCUGCUCUUCAGAUAGCACUUAACUUGAGUCACAACAAUCUUUCUGAUACGAUUCCUGAUAGCUUAGGGAGCUUGCAAAUGCUAGAAUCACUUUACUUAAAUGAUAAUCAACUUGUCGGGGAAAUUCCUUCAUCAAUUGGUGACUUGCUUAGUCUUUUAGUAUGCAAUGUAUCUAACAAUAAGCUGAUAGGAACUGUUCCAGACACAACAACAUUUAGAAAGAUGGAUUUCACCAAUUUUGCUGGGAACAACGGUUUGUGCCGCGUAGGUACUAAUCAUUGUCAUCCAUCUCUAGCUUCAUCUCAUCGUGAAAAGCCGACGAAAGACGGUUUGUCGAGGGAAAAGAUAGUGAGCAUUGUUUCUGGUGUGGUUGGUUUCGUUUCUCUUAUUUUCAUUGUUUGUAUAUGUUGGACUAUGAUGAAGCGCCGCCGCAGCGACUCUUUUGUUUCAAUUGAAGAACAAACAAAGCCUCACGUUCUAGAUGAUAGCUAUUACUUUCCAAAAGAAGGCUUCACUUACAAUGAUCUCUUGGAAGCUACUGGAAAUUUUUCAGAAGACGAAGUUAUAGGAAGAGGAGCUUGUGGAACUGUCUACAAAGCUGUUAUGAAUGAUGGUGAAGUUAUUGCUGUCAAGAAGCUGAAUGCACGUGGCGGAGAAGCAGGAAAUGUUGACCGGAGCUUCAUAGCAGAGAUUUCAACUCUUGGAAAGAUUAGGCACAGGAACAUUGUGAAGCUGCAUGGAUUUUGUUUUCACGAGGAUUCUAAUCUUCUAUUGUAUGAAUACAUGGAAAAUGGAAGCCUCGGAGAAAAACUUCAUUCAAGUUCAAAAUCAUGUUCAUUGGCUUGGAAUGUUAGAUAUAAAAUUGCUCUAGGAGCAGCAGAAGGUUUAUGCUAUCUUCACUAUGAUUGUAAACCUCAAAUCAUUCAUCGCGAUAUUAAGUCAAACAACAUUUUGCUUGAUCAAAGCUUUCAGGCUCACGUUGGAGACUUUGGAUUGGCAAAAUUGAUUGAUUUUUCAUUCUCCAAAUCUAUGUCUGCUGUGGCUGGAUCAUAUGGAUACAUUGCCCCAGAAUAUGCUUACACCAUGAAGGUGACUGAAAAAUGUGACAUAUAUAGUUUUGGGGUAGUUUUGCUGGAACUAGUUACUGGGAGGUCACCGGUUCAACCAUUGGAACAAGGCGGUGAUUUAGUGAAUUGGGUGAGAAGAUCAAUUCAAGCAUCCACACCUACAUCUGAAUUAUUCGACAAGAGAUUAAAUCUGGAUGAACAAAGAACCGUUGAAGAAAUGUCUCUUAUUCUCAAAAUUGCGCUGUUUUGCACAAGUACUUCUCCACUUAAUCGGCCUACAAUGAGAGAGGUUAUUGCAAUGUUGAUUGAUGCCAGGGAAUAUGUCAACCAAACGCCAACCUCUCCUUCGUCUGAAACUCCACUCGACGAAGAAAAAAGUUCUUCUUCCAAAGAUGAUGGUGUUAAGUUGUGA